AUGGCUUUGCUCGCAAACAAGAUCGUGUGUAUAACUGGAUCGUCUCGAGGUAUUGGCCGAGCAUGCGCGGUCGAAUCGGCUAGGCAUGGUGCCGUCGGUUUAAUACUGCAUUACUUUGGAGACCAGGAAACCGAAGCGGAGCUCCAGUCCCUGAAAGAAGAGAUAGUGACGACUCACAAUCACUGUCAAGUAGUCGGUGUGCCCGGCGAUAUCUCGGAUUCGGAGACUUCACAAAAGAUCGUCAAAGCAGGCGUCGAAACGUUCGGACGAAUCGACGUGCUCGUCAGUAAUGCGGGAAUAUGUCCAUUCGCCGAGUUCUUGACGAUGCCCCAUGCUACAUGGGAACGUACGCGACAAGUAAACUUGGACGGCUCCUUCUACGUGGUGCAAGCGGUGGCAAAUCAAAUGAAGAGCCAGGUCCCCCAAGGCGGGUCUAUCAUCGGUCUGGCUUCGAUUUCAGCGCUCGUGGGCGGUGAAUUCCAAUGUCACUACACGCCGACAAAGGCAGGUAUCCUGUCGAUGAUGCAAAGCUGUGCUAUCGCUCUUGGGAAAUAUAACAUACGCUGCAACGCCAUACUUCCUGGCACCAUUGCUACAGACAUCAAUAAAGAGGACCUUGCGAAUGAAGAAAAACGGGAGUAUACCAUCAAAAGGACUGUGCUAGGGAGACUUGGUGCUCCCGACGAUAUAGCUGGGCCUAUGGUGUUCCUUGCCAGCGAUCUUGCAAAGUAUGUCACUGGCGCGCAACUACUUGUGGACGGCGGGCUGUUUGUCAAUCUUCAGUGAUAUAGUUUCCUGGUGCAACAAAGG